AUGUCGACAGGUAUCGCAGAGCAAGUUGUUGUUGUUCGCUUCUGCGUCACGUCUGAUAUUCAGGCGGUCGUGCAGCCAGAUGACCGUCUUCGUGUUUGUCUUCACCUGAUUCACUCCGUCCGGCCUUGGACCACACCUCUUCAGCCUUUCGUGCUCCGUUCAGAAUCAUCCUUACUUCUCCUCGGAAAUCUUAAAUCCCGUUAAUCAGAAAAAUUCUUCAAGGUUCUUGUUCAAUCGCCUUAAAAAGUAGAAAUAAUGAGAUUUUCAGUUAUCCUUCUCGCUUCAUAUUUAUGUCGUCAAGUUUGACAGAGUCGGACACGUUUACUACUUUUUGCUCACUGCCAUUCUGUUUAUGUGCUUUUUAAUGGUUUUUUUUGAAAUGUAAAUGCCGGUCAAGUUGCAGAGACUGCAGACUGGUUACAUUGUUUCAAGUCGUAGAGAAUGAAAUAUUUCCAGUCUGGUUGCAUUAUAAAGUUGAAGAUUCUGAAUCAGAUCUUAUCCGGAACUGAGAAAAAAAUAGCCUGCAAUUUUUCUUUUUCUCAUGUACGAUACAGUCGCAGGUCUUGGAGAAUUUUUAAUUGAAUUCCCACUGGUUUGGAAUAUAAACAAACGCUGAGAAAGACGAAAUUCUUCUUUUCGUGCUGGUUUUACUCUUAAAAUGCCGACGGAGGACUACGAAAUGACAGAUUUCAGGCGUACUACUAUUGUACAUCAGCCUGUUCUUUCCCCUGCCCCCAGAGAAAAUACGGUACGUUUUUUUUGUUUUGUGAAAAUUCUGAUUCUCAAAAUAAAAGAGAUAUGUUUAGCAGAAAAAAAGUUGACGCGUCCGUCUUUCGUCGAAAUUUUUUUCAGUUCGCGGCUGUCCUAAUUUUUUGAAUCUUGUCUCAAAGUUUGAGAGAGUACAAUAACUGAACUAGGUUUUAUAUUUUGAGUCUUGCAAAUUUGUUCGGAGAAAGUGUUGGGUAUAGACAACCUCUACAACCGUCUUACUCACUGUGAAAUUUUUGAAAAAUGUCUAUGCUCCUUGCACAGAAAGCUUUGUACAUAUGAAACUUUCAGUCGAACUCUUUAAAUUUUAACCACAUAUUGGUCUAUCGGCGUUUGCUAUUCGGUUUUGGUUCAAAAGCUAACGCUGGAAAACAGCUACCGGAUAGCUACGGUAGCACAAACCAGACUACCUAAUAGCAAUCGCGAAUGUCAGGUAGGAUACCGAUACUCUCCAGAUACCUGUCCGGCAGUAUACAGGUAUCACCUCUAUGGUAUCCAUGGUAUCUAUGGUAUCUACUUGUAAGAUAAUAAACGACCACCGAUCAGUUAAAUGUGAUUGGUUUUGAAGUAAAUACCCGGUAGUACAUGUUUCCAAUUCCUUCUUGACCUUGAAAAUUCGCAACCAGGUUUCAAAAAAAAACUACACCCCGUAGACAACGUUUGAAAGUCCUAAUGAGUGGGAGACCCUGUGAAUCAUUGAAAAAAGUUGUAUUGUAGGUAGUUUUCAAAAUUUUCAUAGUGCACCUCAGCUCGUUUAUCUUAGACUCCACGAAAGUCAAAAUUUCGAGGUUUCGAGCAGAAAGAUUUUCUCUUGUGAGCUAUAAAGAAUAUUUUAGCUUGGUUUCCCGUCAGAAUCCGGAAAGUUUUGUUAUGUGCGAGACAAAGAUGAUUUCAGGCAUCUGACUCAUGUUGUCAUAGUCCAAAAAGGAGUUGAAAACAAAAAGACGGUGUUUACACUUGAGGAGAAAAAUUAUUUAUUUGAUGGCCGCGUGUGCCGGCGACAGCUGCCGCGAGAGGCAGCCGCGUGCGUUGGAGCGACGAAACGUUUGACCGACAAGGCGGUUUCAGAUGCGCGACAAAGGACGCGUGUGCUGUCUGAACGGCUCGGCGGCGUUGGCGGUCGUGGCGCUGGCCCUUCUCACGGUCUGCCUCUUCUCGGCCUCGUUCCGCCACAACUCCGACAACAACAAGGGCACCAAGUACUACGGCCUCAUCCGCUUUUGCUACGAACCGCCGAUCGACCAGCAGUCCCGUGAUGGUCAGUUCAUUCAUCUUUGAACCCGCGACUAUAUCUUGAACUCAACUCCAUUCUUAUCGUCAGUUUUUUGGGUUUCUUUUUCUGAAAACCUUCUCAUUUGAGAAAAGAAAGCUAACCUUCAACUUCCGUUUAUCCGUAUCCUCAAGUUCUUAAAAUUUUUUGGUCAACCUAUCUUCAUAGGAAUUAGUCAAUAAACAUAUUUCUAAAAUCAUUGAAUUCAGCUUAUAUACAUGUUUUUCCAUCAAAAAGAGAUUUUCAAUGUUCACAAGUAUCUGUAAUCGAAGUGUACUAUCGGGCUCACAAGGGUUUCAUUUAGAUUGAAAAUACUCUUCUGGCUUUAAAUAUCUAAAACUUCGAAAUCCAAUCCAUUUUUUCCAGUAUGUUGAUUCGAAAUGAGCAUUUCAGACGACAGCAACUCGAAGACUUGCCAUUUACGUAAUUACAUCCGUUCGGCACAAUGUGAAGACACAAAGGGACAGCUUAAAGAGAGUAAAUCGACGCGAAACUGUUUCGGAGGUACAAGUUUUGGUUCAGCAUGGAUACUGCAUUGUUUCAAUUUUAAAAAUUUAUGUUACAAUUAAAUCUUACGAGGAACAGUUUUUCGAAAUAUAUUUGAACGGUUUUUUGCUUGGGGUCUUCAUGUUGGAAACUGAAUUAGUUGUUUUGAAGACUUCGAGUUGGCGUCAGUCAUCUUGAUAGCGAUAGCGAUGGGGUGCUGCUUGCUGUCGUUGGUCUUCACCAUUUGGACCAUCUUCACCUCGUUCGGAGCCUUGGCUAACAGCGUCGUUCUCCUCGCUGCAGGUUCACCAUUCACGAAAAUUGAAACCAAUCUAUUAUUCAAGCCAUUUCAUCUCUUUCCGCGUUUCUCACCUACACAUACUACUACGAGCUGAAAGAGAACCAGAGCGAAAUCAUAGCCGGAUACCAAUAUUUGGUAUAUCUCACUUCCUCUAUUGAAUACUAUUUCUUUUCAGAUUCACUAUGGCUGGGCCUACUAUCUCUUAGGCUCGUCAGCCGCCAUUUUGAUCGUCGCUUUCGUUUGCAGUGUUUUCGGUUCGGCGUUCGUCCUUGUUAGUAAAAGCCGGAAAAGAAAAUCAAAAGUCCAGAGCAUAUCAUUGUAA